AUGUAUCUUUGUGUUCUAUUUUGUUGUUUAUCAAUAAUUUCAUCAAAUAUUUUACAAGUUUAUUGUCAUGGGCAGUAUAAUCCACCUAAUACAAAUGAUGAAGAUUUACGACAUUUCGGAAGUUUUGGAAUGAGUCCUGGAAUGGAAUUUUAUCAUUCACAUAGGGUAUAUGGUACGCCAUUAUUAUUAGAAAACCAAGACUUUACAUUGUGGAUAAUUCUCGCAAUUUGCUGCGGUAGUGUUCUUUUUUUAUCAAUUGGUAUCAUUUUUUUAUAUCAAUAUAUAAGACAUGAUCCUGAAUAUAGUGAAAUGAAAAAUGAAACCUAUAAUAAUCCUUAUUUUAAUGAAUUCCAAAAAAUUUAUGAAAAUACUCCUAUAAAUAAUAUAUAUAUCCCAACUAACCAGAACUUACACCACUAUCAACCAAAUUCAAAUUUCCCUGUUGCAAGCUGUUGUAAGAAUUAUAAUAUUAACACUUGUAUUCCAAAUUCUAACAAAUGUAAUAUUUGUUAUACAAAAUACUAG